AUACAAUGACACCUACACCAUCACGAUCACCGUACCAAUACAUCCACUGAUGUGUAUCAAAUAUGGAUGACUACUCUGACAAAUCCUUCAUUUAGGGGUCGUUUGGAGGUUGGGAUUUCAAGUGAUGUAUUUAACCAAUGCAUGUAAUGUCAAGAUGAAGUCAUUUUUUUGUUAAAUUUGUGACAGAAUACAUGUAUUACUUUUUUCUGAGCCCACCUACAAUCACUCAAAAUGAGUGAUUAUCAAUUUCUACCAAAAGGUGAGAUUGUGACCAAUGGAUUGUCUACCCUAUAUUUUUCAUUUAUAACAAAGCACAAUCUAAUGCAUUGUGAUCAAUCCAUGCAUUGUAAUAUACAUGCAAUUAAGGAAAAUGAUGUAAUGUACUUUUACAUUGUUUGGUUUUAGUGAUAGUUAUUUUAGUAUUCAACAUCUUUGCCAAUAUGGUUCAGGCUAGCGUACGUCAGUCGUACAUUGUACGCCCGUCGAGUUUUACUAUUUAGAGCAUGAAUUAACCGAAAUUUUGUGCAUGAUAAUAUACCCUAACCUCUAAUGGAUAAACCCCAGUCCCUAAUUCUCUAACACAAGCCACGAGAUUCAUUUAAUCUAAAAAAUAAUAGCCGACGGUUCUGAUUCAGCGAAAUAUAUUGAAGUGUAAUAACCAAGUGUGAACACAGGUGUACAACGUACGACUGACGUACGCUAGUGAUAUUCGGCUUUAAUAUAUCGGAUUCUUGGACUUUAUGUGAUUAUCCAUGGUAUGUUUUAGCCAAUUGGUGCUAUUUUAGGGCUCGCUAACCCGAGAAUGGUUGAAAAACCAUUACUACCUAGUGCCUUGAGUUUUAUGUAUUACAGGUGAAAAAAACACGAAAAAGAAGUUGCACCGGCAAACAAUUUUCGAAUGCUGGGCUCAAGGCCCAGCUGGAUGGAGAUUAAUGACAUGGGCCAAUUUCUAGAGGGGCCGAAGGGAUUACUUCUGUUGGUUUUGGGCGAAAUUCUUGGUGAGGAAAGGACAAAAAAAAGUUGGCAAUUAAUUGGGUGGAAGGCUUUGGAAAAGAGGACAAAAACUUCUUCUCGGCUGGUGAUUUUUGGGAAAACAAAGAGAGAAGAAAAAGAGAAGUCUUGGACGGAAGAAGGGAAUUAUAUUGGAGGAGAAAAAGACGAAAAGAAAGGAGCAGGCGGAGAAUGAUUGGGCCAGGCCCAAAGGAAGAAAGGGUUUGGGCGGCCAUUUUUUGGGCCAUGGAAUUGAAUUAGAGGGCGCUGCGCAGCUGGGGGCAACAAGGAAUUCUCUAGGCGGGCGGAAUUAGAAAAUAAAAGAGGAACGUUUGUUUUCAGCUAAGGGAGAUUAUUGUUUUGGUUAUCGGGCAGAGUUCUUUGAGAGGGAAAGGAAGCGCAAGAGCGGCAGCGAGCUAGCGAGCAGGCGAUUGAGCGAUCGGCUUCUUCAAGGUUUGAGCUGAGUUCAACGAGAAUGAUUAGUUGGUUGGAUUUUCUGAACCUAAUUAGUUGUUUCUUGUUGUUUUAGAACAUGAUGAACAAAACCCGAUCGAUUUAUCUUAAUUUCGUCAUGAACUAAACCCCAAUUUCUGGGGGAAACACCAUAGGAUGUAGCUAGUUCUUGAUUGAUGGAUUGAUUCAUAUUUCUUUUCCUCCAAUCUCUAUUGCAUGGAAUUACUUAAUGCUUUGUGUUGACUGGCCACCAAUACAUUGAUUUGUAGUUGAUUAGGUUAUUAGCGACAGUGAAACCCUAUUAACUGAACAUAUUUCAUGUGACAUAGUAACUUAUCGAAGCGACAGUGGAUUAAAUAAGGUGCUAUGCGGUCUUAAAUAGGAUAUCGGUCUUCAGACUAUAUAGUUAAUUCAUUGAGCUACGAUAGUAGGAUUUGAAUUAAUUGUUUAGUACGUAGUAAUUCCCGACAGGGAUAGCUAGCACAGUAGUGAUAUCCUGGCUGUAGAGGUAUGGAUUAAAUUGAUUGGAAUAUGUGAAAUAAUCUGGAUAGGAUAGGUAGUGAAUCCCGGUGUUUCUCCCAGAGCUUUCUCCCAUUGAUUUAAACCCGACACUUUAAGUUGCUUGUUUGAUUACUUUGCUAGUAGAUCAUAGUUUCAUCACUCAUGCCAUUUUCACCUAUAGUUUGCUCCAUAAAAUUGAUAGAAUACAAGGUUGUACCAGUCCCUGAGAGACGAUACCCGGACUUUCCGGUUUACUACAAGAUAGGAAUUGAAGCUAUACGCUUUUGCCCUAUCAAGUUUUUGGCGCCGUUGCCGGGGACUGCCAUACCUUAUUUUUUGUUGAUUUUUGCGAGUGAACUAUUUUGAUCUGUGUGCUAGUGUGCAGGUGAAUUUCAGGUUAAUCCUUUUUGUGCAUGCCUAGGAGGACAACCAGGGAUUUAUUGCCACUAGACUUGGAGAUCGAGAAGACCUGUCGACUGAACAGGAAGCAAGUCAAGUUAGGGAAGCAGCCAACCACAACUCCUAGGCCUUCCCUAACCCAGAGAGGGCAGGCUUCAUCACCUGUCGUCCCUACACCACCACCAACACCUCACAUUAUCGAGCCUGUCAUCAUGGCAGAACAGGAUCGAUCCAUCAGGGCUCGUCUGAAUCGGAGGACUGGAGCCCGAGCUUCAUGUGUUGUCAUUCCGGCUGGGGAUGCAAACAUGGAGAUUACCCCAGCCUUCAUCAAUAUGAUCACUAAUGGGUACACCUUCUCAGGGGCCAGCACCGAGGAUCCUCAUGAACAUCUUCGCCGGUUCGCAAGCAUUUGUGAUACGAUGAAGAGCCCGACUGUGUCUGAUGAUGCCAUCCGUCUUCGGAUGUUCUCAUUUUCUCUGCUAGGGAAUGCAUCACACUGGUUCCAGAACUUGACACCCCGUUCCAUCACAACAUGGGGUCAGCUUGAGAAGACCUUUUUGGAUAAGUACUUUCCUCCUGCCAAGGCAAUGAAGAGGCAAGAGGAAAUUGUCACUUUUAAACAAGCUGAGGAUGAAAGUCUGACCGAGGCAUGGGAGCGCUAUAAGGAGCUUCUAAUGAGAUGCCCGAGCCACGGUCUGGAAGAUUGGAACGUGAUCUCCAUCUUCUUCAACGGAAUCAGAAGACAAUUUCGAGAUGCUCUGAAUAAUGCUUCCCGAAAUGGUUUCACAAGAAUGGAAGCACCAGAAGCAUAUGAACUGGUGGAGAAGAUAUGCUCUGAAGAUACUGAAUGGGGUAGUGAGACCGGCAUUCGAAGGAGAGGAGGCUUGCAUGAGAUAGACAGAGUUGCAAGCUUAGAAGCAAAAAUUGAUGCUAAGCUGGAUUCCAAGUUCGAUGCACUCGAACGAAGGCUUGCUAAGUUGGCUCUUGGUAGACAAGAGGAGGUUGCUUAUUGCGAAUUAUGUGAAGGUGCUCAUCAUAGGGAUCUAUGUCCACUGGUGGCUGAUCAGGUGGAAGAUGUGCACUAUAUGAACAAUCAGAGAAAUCAAGGCCAGGGUGGUAUGUAUUCGAAUACCUACAACCCACAAUGGAGGAAUCAUCUUAACUUUUCCUGGGCGAACAACAACCCAACUGGUGUUCGAAACAUCUCACCUCCUGGUUUUCAACAGCAGCAGCCUCAACCAGAGAAGAAGCCCCAGCUGGAGGAGUUGAUUUUGGCUCAUAUGCAGAAAACAGACAAUAAUUUCAAGGGCCUGGAUCAAUUUGUCACUCAACAGCUAGCCAUCAACAAUAAUUUACAAUCGUCUAUGCUAGCUAUGGAGAGGCAGAUGGGACAGAUGGCUCAAACUUUGGCAGAUAUGCAAGGCAGGAUUCCUGGGACAUUACCAGCAAAUACUGAGAGGAAUCCGAAGGAUGCCAUGGUUGUAGCAGUGACAUUGAGGAGUGGAAAGGCCUUGGAAGACCCUAGCAGCUCGAAAAAGGCAUCAGAGGCAGAAGAGGAAGCACCGGGAGAAAGAUCUUGUGUAGAAAAUGAAGAAUCAGCCUUGCACAGGCAAAAUGAAAGCAGUUUGCCUGUGCAAAAGCAUGCUGCCCGUGUACCUCAAAAAAUGGAAAAAUUGAAGAAUGAAGAGAUAAAACCUUAUGAACCUCCCGCACCAUUCCCUCAAAGGUUAAUGAAGCCCAUGGAAGACCCAAACUUCAAGAAAUUUGUGAAUAUCUUCAAGCAACUUCAUAUCAACAUACCAUUGGCGGAGGCACUUGAACAGAUGCCUACAUAUGCUAAAUUCUUAAGGGAGUUGCUGACAAAGAAGCGCAAAUGGGCUGAUCUGGAGAAGGUAACCCUUACUUCUGAAUGUAGUGCCGUGAUUCAGAAUAAAUUACCAGAAAAGAGGGAUGAUCCGGGCAGCUUCACCAUUCCAUGUGUCAUUGGAGGUAGAGAGUUCGAUAAAUCACUUUGUGAUCUUGGAGCAGGAAUUAAUUUGAUGUCAUACUCAGUCUACAAGAAAUUAGGAUUGGGAGAUGUUCUUAAGCCUACUCGGAUCACUCUCCAAUUGGCUGAUCGAUCAGUAAAAAUUCCAAAAGGAGUGAUGGAGAAUGUAUUGGUGAAGGUGGGGAAGUUUAUUCUCCCAAUAGAUUUUGUAAUUCUGGAGAUGGAAGAUGAUCGGGGAGUGCCUCUAAUUCUCGGCAGACCUUUUCUAGCAACCGGUGAUGCACUCAUCGAUGUUGGGAGAGGCAAGUUGACAUUCCGAGUAGGUAAGGAGGAGGAAAUUUUUAAUGUCUUUCAAGUUGACCAUAAUCAUGAUGAAUUUGAAAGUGGAGCUCGAGAAAGGAAAAAUCCCUUUUCCUGUGAUAGUGGACCAUCCGAAGAACUAUCACUUAUCCUAUCUGCUCAGAUUCUGAAGUCAAAGCAAGGGCAGAAAUCCUUGCCAGGUCACCUCAAGUAUAGAUAUUUGGGUAAGGAUUUCAAUCUUCCUGUUAUUAUUCCUUCUUCACUGACAUUGAAACAGGAAGAGUACCUGCUUGAGGCGCUGCAGUACCACCUACGCCUCACUAAAGGGUCUAACAUGCCAGCUAAGAAGGUCAUACCCAAUUUUCGCACACCUGGCCCUGCAAAGGUGACUCAUAUGCUGGAUGGAGGUUAUGCGUUCUAUCAUUGCUCGGGAGGGUAUGCUGGAUACCUUUCCAUACCCAUUGGUUGAAAGCUCCAUGAACGUCAGGCUGAGGACGUUAAACAAGCGCUUCUUGGGAGGCAACCCAAGGUAAGUUUUCUUUUCUUUAUUUUUCUUUUUAGUUGUGUCAAACCCGUGCAUCUUUAGAGUAGGAGUUGAACAUUAGGGACAAUGUUCCAUCCUGAGUGUGGGGUGGCGAGUCUUAGUGUUUGAUUGUUCCUUUUGUCAUGUGGUCAGGUAAAAAAAAAGUAAAUUUUUUUUGCCAUUGGUGAGUCUUAGUGUUGUUUGUCCCUGCUGCAUGUGGUAAAAACAGAAACAAAAAAACAAAAAAAAAAUUCUGUCAUUUGGCUAUGCACAGCCAAACUGCAUGCAGUUUGCCUGUGUCAAAAGCAUGCUGCCUGUGCAAAGUUAAUGGCUAAAAAACACCUAAAAAUCAGAAAAAUUAAAAACAAAACCUUGUACUCUUGUGGUAACAUGAUGUAAAUGACUGUGAUGCGUGUGAUAUGAGUUUGUGCUUGAAUGAAAUCAUCGAAAUCACCCCACUAGUGUUGAAUUGCAUGGUUCUUCACAAUGAGCUUAAAUGUUUUGACUGACUUGAUAUGCUUUGAAUGAGCAAACUCUUUUAGCAACAUUCUCUUUUGUGAGGAUAGUGUAACGACUUAUGGUGAAGUAGUUAGGUGGAGAACAUUGACCACUCGAUAUGUUUGGAUAGCGUGCUUACUUGCAUCAAUUGUGAGCUUUUGAUUUUGCAAUGAGUCUCUCUGUUUUGAAUGUUUUAGGAUGGGGUGAACUGUAUCUUCAUAAAAAAAAACACUACCUGACAAGUAAAAUAUAAGAAAGUUGCCAUAACAAUUAAAGUGUGGGUAAAAAUGCCAAAAUCGUGUGAGGCAAUCACUCAUUGCACAUGGGGAUGAGGAAAGAUUCAAUUGAGAAUCGGUUCGCGACCGUACGAUGUUGCUUAUCAAGUACGAUCCCCAGCUGAGUGAAGUGCCAUUUGAGGAUGCAAUGACCCUCCACACGGACCGAGGAAAAGGAGUUAAAAGAAGCCCUAAUGCGAGUGCUAAGAAGCAGAAAUUGCUCUUGCUCGGUCACCGGUAGUAAGAAACAAAUCCCACUUGUACUAAAUGCGACCUCUCGGCAAGCAAAAGCAGAAAGAGAGAAAGCCUCUCCUUGUCAUUAAAGGUAGUGAUGUGCUUAGAGUAAAAUCAUGUUUGCGAAAGGCUUCCCCCAUUAGUUUUUGAGACUCAUGCUUAAUUAAUUGCUUAUGAUUGGUGUGAGUAAGCCAGACUGUCCUCACGAGAUAUGUACCUCACUGAUGUGGUUAGAUUCUCCUAAUAAUUGUUGCACCAUAAGUUGUUAACCACCCACUACCGACGAUCGAAGUUGAGUGUUGCUAUUUGAGUUUUUGAUGGAUUUGAGUCAGUCAAUGGUAAUGGUUGCAAAGAACUUGAGUGUAGGGUGAAAGGUAUGACCAUUAAAGCACAACUUGUUCCUUGAGAAAGAAACUACUGAUUACAACAAGAGUACAAGGAAAAUUUUGCUUUGUUUUUAGUGGUGGUAUGUCAUUGUUAUGGUUAGUUAUGUGUUUGUGUUGUUUGAGUCGUUGCUUAGGGACAAGCAACAAUUGAGUGUGGGGUUGUGAUAUUCGGCUUUAAUAUAUCGGAUUCUUGGACUUUAUGUGAUUAUCCAUGGUAUGUUUUAGCCAAUUGGUGCUAUUUUAGGGCUCGCUAACCCGAGAAUGGUUGAAAAACCAUUACUACCUAGUGCCUUGAGUUUUAUGUAUUACAGGUGAAAAAAACACGAAAAAGAAGUUGCACCGGCAAACAAUUUUCGAAUGCUGGGCUCAAGGCCCAGCUGGAUGGAGAUUAAUGACAUGGGCCAAUUUCUAGAGGGGCCGAAGGGAUUACUUCUGUUGGUUUUGGGCGAAAUUCUUGGUGAGGAAAGGACAAAAAAAAGUUGGCAAUUAAUUGGGUGGAAGGCUUUGGAAAAGAGGACAAAAACUUCUUCUCGGCUGGUGAUUUUUGGGAAAACAAAGAGAGAAGAAAAAGAGAAGUCUUGGACGGAAGAAGGGAAUUAUAUUGGAGGAGAAAAAGACGAAAAGAAAGGAGCAGGCGGAGAAUGAUUGGGCCAGGCCCAAAGGAAGAAAGGGUUUGGGCGGCCAUUUUUUGGGCCAUGGAAUUGAAUUAGAGGGCGCUGCGCAGCUGGGGGCAACAAGGAAUUCUCUAGGCGGGCGGAAUUAGAAAAUAAAAGAGGAACGUUUGUUUUCAGCUAAGGGAGAUUAUUGUUUUGGUUAUCGGGCAGAGUUCUUUGAGAGGGAAAGGAAGCGCAAGAGCGGUAGCGAGCUAGCGAGCAGGCGAUUGAGCGAUCGGCUUCUUCAAGGUUUGAGCUGAGUUCAACGAGAACGAUUAGUUGGUUGGAUUUUCUGAACCUAAUUAGUUGUUUCUUGUUGUUUUAGAACAUAAUGAACAAAACCCGAUCGAUUUAUCUUAAUUUCGUCAUGAACUAAACCCCAAUUUCUGGGGGAAACACCAUAGGAUGUAGCUAGUUCUUGAUUGAUGGAUUGAUUCAUAUUUCUUUUCCUCCAAUCUCUAUUGCAUGGAAUUACUUAAUGCUUUGUGUUGACUGGCCACCAAUACAUUGAUUUGUAGUUGAUUAGGUUAUUAGCGACAGUGAAACCCUAUUAACUGAACAUAUUUCAUGUGACAUAGUAACUUAUCGAAGCGACAGUGGAUUAAAUAAGGUGCUAUGCGGUCUUAAAUAGGAUAUCGGUCUUCAGACUAUAUAGCUAAUUCAUUGAGCUACGAUAGUAGGAUUUGAAUUAAUUGUUUAGUACGUAGUAAUUCCCGACAGGGAUAGCUAGCACAGUAGUGAUAUCCUGGCUGUAGAGGUAUGGAUUAAAUUGAUUGGAAUAUGUGAAAUAAUCUGGAUAGGAUAGGUAGUGAAUCCCGGUGUUUCUCCCAGAGCUUUCUCCCAUUGAUUUAAACCCGACACUUUAAGUUGCUUGUUUGAUUACUUUGCUAGUAGAUCAUAGUUUCAUCACUCAUGCCAUUUUCACCUAUAGUUUGCUCCAUAAAAUUGAUAGAAUACA